AUGAGGGAAGUCAUCAGCAUUAAUGUGGGUCAGGCCGGUUGCCAGAUCGGAAACGCGUGCUGGGAAUUGUACUCCCAAGAACACGGCAUCAGAAAAGAUGGCUACUUGCAAGAGGGCCUUGACAGACCAAAGGGAGGCGAAGAGGGCUUCUCUACCUUUUUCUCCGAGACUGGUUCCGGUAAGUAUGUUCCAAGAGCGUUGUAUGUGGAUUUGGAGCCCAACGUGAUCGACGAGGUGCGUACCGGCGCGUACAAAGACUUGUUUCACCCCGAGCAGUUGAUUGCUGGCAAGGAGGACGCUGCCAACAACUACGCUAGAGGUCACUACACUGUGGGAAGAGAGCUUUUGGAUGAUAUCUUGGACAGAGUAAGAAGAAUGUCGGACCAGUGUGACGGCUUACAGGGUUUCCUCUUCACCCAUUCGUUGGGCGGUGGUACGGGCUCUGGAUUGGGCUCGUUGCUUUUGGAACAAUUGUCCAUCGACUACGGCAAGAAGUCCAAGUUGGAAUUUGCUGUUUACCCAGCGCCCCAGCUUUCGACGUCCGUUGUUGAGCCAUACAACACCGUAUUGACGACCCACACCACUUUGGAGCAUGCUGACUGUACUUUCAUGGUCGACAACGAGGCCAUCUACGAUAUGUGCCGCCGGAACUUGGACGUGUCGAGGCCAAGCUUUGGCUCGUUGAACAGCUUGAUUGCUCAGGUGGUGUCCUCUGUGACGGCGUCCUUGAGAUUCGACGGCUCGUUGAAUGUUGACUUGAACGAGUUCCAGACGAACUUGGUUCCUUACCCUAGAAUCCAUUUCCCGUUGGUGUCGUACGCUCCGGUGUUCUCCAAGACCAGAGCUAGCCACGAGGCCAACUCGGUUUCUGAAAUCACUGCGUCCUGUUUCGAACCUGGCAACCAGUUGGUCAAGUGUGACCCAAGAGUCGGCAAGUACAUGGCCACCUGCUUGUUGUACCGUGGAGACGUGGUCACCAGAGACGUUCAAAACUCUGUCGCGCAGAUCAAGGCCAAGAAGACGGUCCAGUUGGUGGACUGGUGUCCAACCGGCUUCAAGAUUGGUAUUUGCUACCAGCCCCCAACUGCCAUCGAGGGUUCUGAAUUGGCCUCUGCCAAGAGGGCUGUCUGUAUGUUGUCCAACACCACUGCCAUUGCCGAGGCCUGGAAGAGAAUCGACAAGAAGUUUGACUUGAUGUACUCCAAGAGAGCCUUCGUUCACUGGUAUGUGGGCGAAGGCAUGGAGGAAGGUGAGUUUACGGAGGCCAGAGAAGACUUAGCUGCUUUGGAAAGAGACUACGAGGAGGUUGGAACCGACUCUUUUCCAGAGGAGGAGGAGGAGUACUAAGCCGCCAUUCUCUCUUAUAUACCCAUUACAGGACAACCAAGUCUCGGAUAGAGCCCCGAGGUUGUGCUACGCUCGUGUCGAGCAUGUUGAUAUCCAUAUUUUGAAUAAAUUUUCUGAUCUAAUGAGCCGCGCAGCAUCAAUGAAAGCCCCCGGUCCGCC